CCCGCCCGCCGCACAGAGCCCGCGCCGCGGCCGCCCGCGCUCGCAGAGGCCGCCAUGGGCCGCGCGUGCUGGCUCGCGCUGGGCAGCCUGCUCGCCCUGGGCGCGCUGCUGGAGGGCCGGCUCCUGGGCGAGGGGGAUGCCGGCUUCGGCGAAUGUAACCGGUUCUUCUACGCCGAGACCCCGCCCGCGGGGCUGGCGGCCGAGGGCCACGUGAAGAUCUGUCAGCGCUCCGAGGGUGCCGAGCGCUUCGCCACCCUGUACAGCACCCGGGACCGCAUCCCCGUGUACUCGGCGUUCCGCGCCCCGCGCCCCGCGCCCGCCGGCGCCGCGCCGCGAUGGCUGGUGGAGCCGCAGAUCGAUGACCCCAACAGCAGCCUUGAGGAGGUGACUCAUGAGGCUGACGCCAUCACCACUGUGGACAAUCUGGGAAGCAAGCAAGCCUUGAAUACCGAUUACCUGGGUUCUGACUAUCAGAGAGGACAGCUGUACCCAUUCUCCCUUAGCAGUGAUGUCCACACGGCCAUCUUCACUCUCACAAAUGCAGCUCCGAUGAGCCCGACCUUCCAGGAACGGUGGUACAUGAAUCUCAACAGCCUAAUGGACCGGGCCCUGACCCCACAGUGUGGCAGUGGGGACGACCUGUAUGUUAUCACAGGCGCUGUGCCCUCAGACAUCAGAGUCAAAGACAAAGUGACCGUCCCUAAGUUUGUUUGGCUGGCAGCCUGCUGUGCGGUCCCUGGUGGAGGCUGGGCCAUGGGCUUUGUCAAGCACACCAGGGACGGUGAUGUCAUAGAAGACGUGAUGGUGAAGGACCUCGAGAAACUGCUUCCGUUUAACCCUCAGUUGUUCCACAACAACUGUGGUGAAACAGAACAGGACACAGAGAAAAUGAAAAAAAUCCUGGAAAUGGUUAACCAAGUCCAGGAUGAAGAGCGGCUGGUGCAGUCUAAAGAAAGCACUGGCCCUGUCCCCAGCGCACGGAGCCAGAGGUCCACUCAGCUUCCCCCAGAGGCAUCGGAGGAAGGAAGUAGCUUUUCAAGGAAACUCUUGGGCUUCAUCGCUGCCCCAUUCGUCAAGCUUUUCCAAUUAAUCUGCUACCUUGUGGUAGGAAUCCUGAAGAACACUGUGUAUCUCCUGUGGUAUGUCACCAAGCAGGUGAUUAACGGCAUAGAAAGUUGCCUGUACCACCUGGGUUCAGCCACCGUCUCGUACUUCUUGGCCAUUGGGGAAGAGCUGGCGAGCAUUCCCUGGAAGGUCCUCAAAGUCAUAGUGAAAAUCAUCAGGGCCAUUCUCCGGAUCCUCUGUUGUCUGCUGAAGGUUGUUUGCCGCAUUCUGGGCAUCCCUGUGCGAGUCCUUGUGGAUGUGGCCACUUUCCCUGUGUACACCAUGGGCGCCAUUCCAGUCGUGUGCAAGGACAUUGCAAUGGGCCUCGGUGGCACCAUCUCUCUGCUCUUUGACACUGCUUUUGGUACCAUGGGUGGCCUAUUUCAGGUUGUUUUUAGUGUUUUCAAGCGAAUUGGCUACAGGGUUUCUUUUGACAAUUCUGGGGAGUUAUAGAACUCAAAAACCUAAUAGUGGCCAGUCACAGUAAAUUUGAAUUUUUUUUUUUUUUUUUAAUAGAGAAGGCUGGAAUACUUUGUCUGUACAAUGGGUUUUGUUCACUAUCAAUUAUCAUUAUAUUUUGGCCUUUCAUGGGCAUGUCUGUAUGUUUUUGCAAAGGAAGAUGGUACAGUUUAGACCUGCCCCUAGAGAAAUGUUCAGGGUAGGACGACGUGUGGUCAUCUGAUGCGAUCCGGGCAGACUUCUAAACAGGAACCUUUGGCUGUUUACUCUGGUACAGAUGACCCGCUGAGAUAUUCUGGUGUUCAGGUGUGAUAAUCACAAAUUACAGAAGAGGGAAGAAUUAGAAAGGGGACAACUUCAAACCAAAGAGUUUCUGCAACAAUGAGAAAGAAACCGUGUUCCUCCUGUCACUCUCUGAGACUCGAGGCAAAAUUGAUAAAAAUAUUCUUGGCCAGUUUGUGUUUUGCCUCUCUUUGUCCCCAACCCAGCUGACCUUGGAGACAUGCUUCCCUGUUGACAUAGCUUUCUUAGGGUGUAGAAUCUGCUGCAUCUCUUCGCUUUCCUUGGCUCCCAAGGACCUUUAAGAUGUUUUUUCUCUGAAGUUGAAUUUUGCCGUAUUUUUCUUUUAUGUAACGAUAAGCAUUUUAUGCCAAAUGUGGCAUAACAAAUUUUGAAUGCAAGAACAAAGACUGUUGGCCCCUUGAACAAUGUAGUACAGUCUUCUCAGGUUUAAAGAAGAGGGCACCAGGGUCGGAGCCCAGCUCUGAGUAGGUGCUGUAGGUCCCAGGACAUCCCUAGCCAAGCUUGGAUUAACCUAAAAUAUAUUAAAUCUCUGGCUGACAAGAUUGAGCUCAGAGACCAACAUGUUAAGCUAAUAUAAAAUUCAAAUUCUGCAACAUACUAGAUCAGUCUUUCUUAUACAUCAAGCAAAUACCUAGCACAGUAGAACACACUGACUUCUGUCCUUAAAUGGUUGUUUUGGUACAAAUGUAUGAAAAAGAGCCACCAAACAAAACUAUUCUAGCAAUCUGGGAAGUUUAUAUACGUAUAAACUUGGCUAAGAAUUGUCUCUUAAGCAAUUAUUUUUAUAGUGUGUUUGAGGCUAGAAAAUAUAACUCUCCCAUUAAUGCAAAUUCGACUUGAGAGCUAAUCCCCGAUGUUUUGAUCAAACACUUGUCAUUUUAAAUCGUGCUCUGAAAAUGUUAAGAAGAGGAAGCAGAGUCUCCCAAACUUUGCUCUGCCUUCCACAGCUCAGAAUAAAUGUCUGGAUUUUUCUGAGUGCUCUAAAGAAUUGCCGUGAGGUACAAAGGGGGCCAAGUGUCAAACACUGACCUUGGGAAUGCAGGCCACCAUUCAUCUGAACGUCAGAUGCAAAAACGUGGGGUCCAGAAAGAUAACGAAGAGAGAAUGAUGGUUCAACUAUUUGUAUCAGGUUGGUGGACGAGAACCACGAGCGUAGUGAGUUACAUUUUACAGAAAAGUAAUUGAAUUGGACUCAAAGUAGAAGAGCAGCCAGCAGGCUGGCGCCCUGAUCAGUCUGUGAUGCAGGGUUGGGGACUCUGACCGCAGACCGGUCCAUGAUAGGGAGCUAUGAACUCAACUUAAGAAUCUUGAGCGGUAAUACUUACCUGGCAGGGGGGACACCAUGAGCACAGAGGUGGUUUUCCCAGGGCGAGGCUUAUCCGUUGCACUCCAGAUGUGCUGACCCCUGCUGUUUUC